AGUCCAACGAUCUGGUCAUCGACCUAGAGCAAGCAGUAACCAUGUCAGGCUGGCCAAUCUCGCCUCAAGCGCACAGGCCGCAAAGGCAGCAACAUCAGGCAUCAUUCAUGUCCAAUUACUCUAACUCACCGCUCUCUCGCUCGACUGUAGACCUCUCUGAUGUCACCCAUGAGUACGAGCCCGAUGUCGAUGCAGACGGCUAUCGACGUCUUGGCCAUUUGAACCCAGAAGAUUCUCAUAUCGGUUUGCUCUCUGGCAGCCACACCUCGUCGCGAUCUGACCACCGUACCGGUCGACCGACAUCCAAACAUGGCGAAGCGAUGCGUCAAGGAUCGCGCUCAAAAUCCAACAAGCGACAUGAUUUCACCAGUGAAAGGCCAGAGUCUUUUACCUUUGAGCAUGAACCAGAUGCAGAUGCAGAUGGGUACAGGCAUCAUCAUGGCAAUCUCAGCUCGCCUGCUUUGCGCGCUCUCCCCGAAGGAACAGUUCCGCUGGACCCGCGCGCUGGUCGUGUCAUCAUCACACCGAGCCCUAGUCUACGACCACACCAUUCGCCCUACAAGCACAUCGAUGGCUUCCCAACAAAAUCAAUCGAAGACUUGCGGGAUCCCGAAGAGCUGCAUUCCCAUGCAGACAUGAUUUACGGUAUUGACGAGAGCAAAGCGCGCGACUACUCCGUGCCUCAGUGGAUGGAAGCCGAAUCAUCUCGAUUGAUUGAAGAGGCCUCGCAUGGUGCCGUGACACCGCGCGAUGACCCCAAGGCAGCGCCUGCUGUGCCCUCUCAGCGGCCCAUCAAGGCGACGGGUGAGACUUUUGCACCAACUGGCCAAGCACGAGGCGACCGUGAGCCUGUUGGACCAACACGACCGAUGCGCGAUGACGAGCGAGCUGGUAUCAAAGGCGCUUACACACAAGACGGAGAAGGUUCUGCCGGCUUGCCUUUCGAUGAAAACUCCAAGGCCCCCGCGAAAGAAGGCGACAUUACAGUUCAAGAGGACGAAACACCAGUCAGCAUGAGCGAUUCGGUUGAGACUGUUCGCGCACGUCGACCAUCUGCCGUCUUUGCCGCUUUGCGUCGACCCGAGCACAAGGGGAUUGACCCAAUUCAGCCGGUAGAAGAUUUCAAGCAACCUGAGCAAGAACAAGGUGGUGACAUCAAAGAUGAACGUCCAGACUGGCUUCGUGCCGCAGAACUGAUGGCCAACAAUGACUGGGAACGCCUGGAAAAGGAGAAGUUGGUGGAGAAAUCCACUCUUGAGGAGGAAGAGCAGCGCGCCCGUGAUCGUGGCUCUGCUGCACACAAGGCUCGUGCUGCAUUAUUGCAAUCCGAUAAAUAUACGCGAGGUUCAUCUUACCCAUCUUUUGCAGAAGCAGAACAAGCUUCACACGUCAACACGCCUGCUGAGGAACUGGAAGAGUCGCCUCUUGACAAGCAGCCUGCGACUGCGGGUAAGUUCUUGGGUCUGAGCAGUGUUGCAGCUGCUGGCGCUACAUUGCCCAUUGCUGCCACCAUGACUGAUUCUCGAGACGUCAAAGCUAGGGAGGAAGUAGGUGGUGAGUCGACCUCGGCGCAAGCUGCUGUGCCAGCACCCAAGAUUCCUGCUCGACCAGCCAAGAAGGAAGCGUCAGAUGCCGCGGCACCAGCUAUUCCUACGCGACCCGUCAAGAGCCAGAGCAAAGAGACUACAGAGGAGACGCCUGCUUCGUCACAACCCAUUGGCAACCGAGAGCCAAGUAUGGAGAGCCCGCAGGUGCCUGCUCGUCCACAAAGCAAAGGUACGACACAAGACGUUGGCGCCGAUGCCCCAAAAGUGCCUGCUCGACCACAGAAGCAAGGAUCAAUUUCGCGAGAGUUUGAACCUGCUCCAAAGCCAGCUGUGCCUGCGCGGCCUGUUCCUGGCAAACUCGCUGGUACGAGUAAGUUUGCAUUUGCCAGUGCACUUGAGGCGAAAUUGAAGGCUGGGGCGCCUGCUAUUGGACUCAAGAAGCAAGUCAGCCAUGAUCAGGAGCGCGCUGCGGUAUCACAAGAUGAAGUCAUGCCACAAGCAUCUACUGAGAAGGAACCUGCCACUGCUACGGGACUAGCAGACGCGCGCAAGGGACGACCAGUACGACGUCGUGCUGCUGCUGCACCUACAUCCACAACAGAUACACAGUCUGGUCUUGACAGUAUGGCGCCACCGCCCGUGUGCGAGACUGGUGAGACAUUCAUCUCUCGCUUUGGCGUUGAAAUGCGCAGUAUGUGUGUUCAGACGGGUGUUAUUCGGAUUGAUUCGCCGUCUAUGAAUUUAACGGUCAUGUCUUCUGCUGGUCGGCAUGGCGAGGAUGUCGUUGUACAGGCAAAGACCAAAUCGGAGGCGGAGACACUGGAGCCUGCGACAAAUGCUGCUGCUCCCAAGACAGAAGCAGAUGAACGGGAGAAGAGCAAGGUGGUGGACUCCUUGACCGUGCCUUCAGUGUCGUUAGAGGAAGCAGCUGGUGGUGAGGUCCGGUCACUCGAGAAGAAUGAUCUUCAUGCGGAAGCUGGGACAUCUGCUGCUCAACCUGCUCAAACAAGUUCGGCUGAGAAGAAGCACGAGAAGCACCAGUUCUCGGACGAGAAACCAGUCACGGACGAAGAUGAGAAGACUUCAGAAAUGAAGCUUCAUGCGAUGGAAGAUGAGCUAGAAGUUUAGCUAAAGCUAGACUAAUCGAGCAAGGGUACAAUCUAUGUUCUGGGUGCACAGGUGCUGGAUCACGCUGUCACAUGCGCAAAGAGGCGUAGCAUUGCCUUCAUAAAUACUUUGGGGUCUUGAUCAAUAUGUGCUUGGUUCUUGAAUGAGCGUUUAUGAAAUCAUAUGCGUUAUCACCACUGACAGCCUGACAGCUCGGCCGAUAUCGUAAUUGUCCA